GCUGCCUCAAGAAAUGUGUUUUGGAAUAUGCAGCUGCCAAAGUUCACUUAAGCUCAUGACUAAAUGCUGGUUUCACUUGUUCGAGCUGGACGUGUUCAAGAGAGACCAAAAGCUUCACUGAUCCUGGUGCCUGCUGGACAGCUGUUUAUUGGAGAGGUAGUGACUCUCAGAUGUGACAUACAAGGACACACAGACACUGAGUGGAGAUACAGCUUUUAUAAAAACGAAUAUCAACCAUUUUAUUCAGAAGUUCGAGAAUAUUCAUUCAGUGUUGUAGAGUCUGACAGUGGUAAAUACACCUGUAGAGGAGAGAGGAGGAGUGACUCUUGGAGAUCAGAGAUCAGUGAUGCUGUUACACUGACUGUAUCAGCUUUACCCAGAGCUACACUGACUGUAGAACCAGAGAGCUCUGUGUUCACUGGAGAGUCAGUCACUCUGAAGUGUGAGAUUAAAGGUUAUGUUGGAUGGACGUAUCAGUGGUAUAAACAGGAUCCAUGGGGUGGAUUGAUUACAGUACCUCAGUCUGUGCAUCACACUGUAAACAGAGACACUCUCACCAUCAGAGGAGACGCUGUGAUUCAUGGAGAUCAGUACUGGUGUAGAGGAGAGAGACGUUACAGAACAACAUCAUCACAGAUCAGUGACCCUGUUACUCUCACUGUAAACGCUUUACCCAGAGCUACACUGACUGCAGAUCCAAAAUGGAGUCCUGUAUUCAGUGGAGAGUCAGUCACCCUAAAGUGUGAGAUUAAAGGUUAUGAUGGAUGGACGUAUCAGUGGUAUAAACAGGAUCCAUGGCGUAGAUUGAUUACAGUGUCUCAGUCUGUGUAUCACACUAUAAACAGAGACACUCUCACCAUCAGAGCAGACACUGUGAUUAAUGGAGAUCAGUACUGGUGUAGAGGAGAGAGACACGACAGAUCAAUAUCAUCACAGAUCAGUUCCUCUGUUACUCUCACUGUAAACGCUUUACCCAGAGCUACACUGACUGCAGAUCCAAAAUGGAGUCCUGUAUUCAGUGGAGAGUCAGUCACCCUAAAGUGUGAGAUUUACUCUUAUGAUGGAUGGACGUAUCAGUGGUAUAAACAGGAUCCAUGGCGUAGAUGGACUGCAGUGUCUCAGUCUGUGUAUCACACUGUAAACAGAGACACUCUCACCAUCAGAGCAGACACUGUGAUUAAUGGAGAUCAGUACUGGUGUAGAGGAGAGAGACGCCUCAGACCAACAUCAUCACAGAACAGUGACUCUGUUACACUCACUGUAGAGGAAACACCUAAACCUGAACUCACAUCAAGCCAUAAAGGAGCUGCACUGAUAGGAAAUCCAGUGGUUCUGUACUGUAAGCUGGAUCAGUCUGCUGGAUGGAGGUUUUACUGGUCCAAACAUACACAGAGCCCUGAGAAUGAGACCAAGACUGAAACAUACUCCUACACCAUCAGCUCAGUCAGUGUCUCUGAUGGAGGACAGUACUGGUGCAGAGCUGGGAGAGGAAACCCAGUCUACUACACCCAUUACAGUGAUGCACUCUGGAUAAACACGACUAAGAGUCCCAAAGCUGUGGCGUCCAUAAAGCCUGAUGAAAAGGUAUUCAGAGGAGAGACCGUCACUCUCAGAUGUGACAUGCAGGGAGGAGGAGACACUGAGUGGAGAUACAGCUGGAAUAAGGAUGAUUAUAGUCACAACUCAUUCAGCACAAGAAAAGAGAAUACAAUUUCCCCUGUUAGAGAAUCUGACAGUGGUAAAUACACCUGUAGAGGACAGAGGAGGAGUGACUCUCAGACAUCAGAGAUCAGCGAUGCUGUUACACUGACUGUAUCAGACAGAGCUCAGGCAGUACUGAGAUCUUCUCCACAGAGCUGGCUGACUGAAGGAGACUCAGUGACUCUAAGCUGUGAGGUCAGAGGCUCCUCUACAGGCUGGACAUUCAGCUGGUACAGAGAUAAAGAUGAGCUCCUCUCAGACAGCAGCAGAGGAGCUGGAGGCUCCUACACACUCAGCCCUGCUGCUCUUAAUCACACAGGAGUUUAUGCGUGCAGAGCAAUGAGAGGAGAAACAGCCUAUCACACACAGUACAGUGAUACACAGCCACUAUGGAUCACUGGUGUUUCUCCUCCAGUCUCUCUGAUGGUCAGUCCCAGCAGAGCUGAACACUUUAUUACUGAUUCUCUCUCACUGAGCUGUGAGGGUCAGAGUGACUCUACUGGAUGGAGAGUGAGACGAUAUACACACAGUGAGAAGGUGUCAGAUUGUUCAUCAGGCUGGGGAUCAGCUGCAGGAACUACAUGCAGCAUCAGCUCCCUCAUCACAUCCCACACUGGAGUGUACUGGUGUGAGUCUGAAUCUGGAGAGAGCAGCAAUCCUGUCAACAUCUCAGUGACCUUUGGCUUUAUAAUUCUGGACAGUCCUGUCCAUCCUGUGACUGAGGGAGAUCCUCUGACUCUGCGCUGUUUAUAUCACCACACAAAGCCCUCAAACCUCACAGCUGAGUUCUAUAAGAAUGGAUCACUCCUCCAGACUCAGACUACAGGAGAGAUGACCAUCCAUACUGUCUCAAAGUCAGAUGAAGGUCUCUACCACUGUAAACACCCAGAGAAAGGAGAGUCUCCACAGAGCUGGAUCUCAGUCAGAGUGUCUACACGCUCAGCUGCUAAAUCUGCUAUUGGUCUGGUUGGAGUGGUUGUAGGAGUAAGUUUUGCUGUGUUGUUCAUCAUCUUACUGAUACUGCUGUGGUGCUACAGAACCAGGAAAGAUGGUCAGUCCCUGUCUCACUUUACUGGACAUCAGCAGAACAUCAACCAGACAUCAGUGCAGAACCACAGAGAGUCAGGAGCUGGGGACUCUCAGUCUGGAUACAUGCAGGCUGAACAUGUUUAUGACACGGUUGAAAGAGCUGGUAGGAUUAACAAAAGUGAUGCUGCAGAUGAGCUCAGUGAUGUCACUUACUCACAGAUCAUGAGAAAAAACAGGAAAUCCAAAAACAAAGGGAAAUAUAUUCCAGCAAAGCCUUCACAGACUGAAACCAUUUACUCUGAAGUUCAGCCAGGAAAAACCACAGAUGCUGAUACUGGAUCCAUGGCAGUGACCUAUGCUGAGAUUGAACUGAAAACACAGAAGAAACCAAAGAAAAAAACAGAGCAGACUAGUAUUGAUGCUGACACUGUAUACUCAGAGCUCAAGCAGAACACAGAUAAAGGUGAUGUCACUGGACUUGAUGAUUCAACAUCUCUCUGAAAAGAGAAAACAUAAAAAAUAAAAAUAAAUUGCAUGUCCAUGACGAAUGAGCAGAAAAACAGAAUAUUGCUGAAGAUGUGAGAGGACGCAAGCCAGAAACUGAUCAGACAUCAGACAUGCAACAAUAUGGAGCUAGCAUUUCCUUACUUUUCCAAUGCUAAGCGGGGUUAGCACUUUCUUCACAAACGCAGUUAUCAUAGUGUUCUUUUCAGCUUUCUUUGGUUUUGCUAAGUUGCUAGUUCAUAUUUGUGCAUUGUUUUUGGCUGUCAGAAGCAAUAUUAUUAGCUAUAUUAAUACCAGUAAGAGUGCAUUUACAGUCUAAUGCAUUAUGUAAUACAUUGUAUAUCCAAAGGUAUCCAGACACCGUUUAAUAAUACCCUGGGUGUCAGAAGAACUUUUGGAUGAGCAGUUGCCUACAGGUGCCAAACUGCAAACAAUAACCAUUUGUUUAGCACAAUUGAAAAACUUUGGCAGUAUGCCAGGCUGCUUCUAUAAGACUUAGUUACACUUUUGACUGAUGCAUUGCAAAAAGUAUCCAAUGUAAUGUGUUGUUCUUAUAUGAAUAUGUACAUUUUGUAUAUUCAUGUAAAAAUAUGUUGCUUUUGAGCAAAAGAGGGGUUUUGAUCAAUUUGCAUUAAAUACAUUUGAUGUCA